CUGUCAACACUUGGCUCGAGCGCUGCUGCGGAGCAACGACGAUGUCUGAGCAGGAGUCUCUGAGGUGCUCCAGUGCCAGAAACCGUGGAGGCGUACAACGGGUGGAAGGAAAACUGCGAGCCAGUGUAGAAAAAGGGGAUUACUAUGAAGCACAUCAGAUGUACAGGACUUUAUUUUUUAGGUACAUGGCACAGGCAAAACAUGCUGAGGCCAGGGAGCUGAUGUACAAUGGCGCUCUACUCUUCUUCAGUUAUAAUCAGCAAAACAGUGCAGCAGACCUGUCCAUGCUGGUACUGGAGGUGUUGGAGAAAUCUGAGGCAAAAGUUGAUGAUGAAAUAUUAGAAUGCCUGGCUAAGCUGUUCAGCCCGAUGGACCCGAACUCUCCAGAGAGAGUAGCAUUUGUGUCCAGAGCCUUGAAGUGGUCCACAGGAGGGUCCGGCAAGUUGGGCCACCCAAAACUACAUCAGCUGCUAGCUGUCACCUUGUGGAAAGAGCAAAACUACAGUGAGUCUCGUUACCACUUCCUGCAUUCGUCUGACGGGGAGGGCUGUGCACAGAUGCUGGUGGAGUAUUCAGCGUCACGAGGCUUCCGCAGCGAGGUCGACAUGUUUGUGGCGCAGGCCGUCCUACAGUUCCUCUGCUUAAAGAACAAAAACAGCGCUUCCGUGGUGUUCAGCACAUACACAGAGAAACACCCGUCCAUAGAGAAGGGCCCUCCCUUCGUCCAGCCUCUACUUAACUUUAUCUGGUUUCUGCUGCUGGCAGUGGAUGGGGGUAAAUUAACAGUUUUCACAGUGUUAUGUGAGCAAUAUCAACCUUCCCUGAAGAGGGACCCCAUGUAUAAUGAGUAUCUCGACAGAAUAGGACAGCUUUUCUUUGGUGUUCCACCCAAACAGUCUCCAUCAUACGGUGGGCUGCUAGGAAACCUGCUGAACAGCCUGAUGGGUUCGGGCGAGGAGGACGACGGAGCCGAGGAAGCCCAGGAGGACAGCAGCCCCAUAGAGCUGGACUGAGCCUGCCCCAGGACAAAGAGAACAAACGAACACACACACAAAAAAAAAAGAGGAAGACCACGCAGCCUCCCUCCUUCACCUCCACAACGAGGGCGGGGCGAGGUGCCGGUCCAUGUUUCCAGAGGCGUGCUGUUUCCAAAAAACCCCUUUCCACCCAUUCAGUCUUAAAAUCCAAGCAAGUAUCAGGCCGCCAAAAACAUCCCUCUCAGCACUGCCGGGACUGACUGCGCCAAACUGCAAACUCUUCCCGAGUUGAAAUAUUGUUAGAUUAUUAUAUUAUUUUAUUUUAAUCAUUAUUUUUUGUUAGUGUGGGACUCUCUCUCUCUGUUUAGGGUGUAUGAUGUUAAACAAACUGUCCUCAGUGGAGAGGAUAGUUUCACAAGUGCAAACCCUCUUCAUGAUGUCGCUGAUGACAUCAUUAUAAGAGGGUUUACACAGCUCACUACAAUUACUCAACUGUUUGCUUUGCCAGUUACACAGAGCUCCAUCAGAGCCACGGUGUUGCUGUUUGCAUUUUUCAGCAGCUUUCUCUGUUAAAACUCGGCUUUCAGUAGAUAAUGAAAUGUAGUUAAUGCCAUCUGUCAUGUUCUCAUCUGUUUGUCCUUUAGCAAUAUGGACAAAAAGACAACAGAGCUCUUUGUAAGUUAUUAUCAGAGGUCAUCUUACACUUUGAAUAUCAACCACACGAACCCUUUCUGCUCAGUGUCUCCUCCACGGGUCAUUUCUAUUUAAGUUACUGCAAACACACAGUUGUCUGUAUACAAGUAGCUCCAUUGUCGAGGUCCCGCUUUUCACUGUGCACUCGCUGAACUGCUGUUUGCAUCUUCGAGAGGAAUUGUGAGGAAAAGUCUAAUUUUGGCAUUUUUAACAGCUGCCAGGUCAUUAAAACAGUCAGGUGAUGAGGUGUUUGAAGCACUUAGAGUGUGUGUUUGGCUGAUUGUUGGCUCUGGGUGCUGGUCUACAUGUUGCUGUGAAACAUAAAAAGUCUAAGCUUGGGUUACCGUCCAAGUCUGUUAAGUGAUCUUUAUUAGAGGAGCAAAAUGAGACACUGUGAAAACCUUUCUGUUGGAGUGAAUUUUGCUUUUCAUGUUCCAAAAGGCUAAUAGCUAAAGCAGCUGGUUACUUGACCGUGCCUGGCUCAGUCCUUCCUUUUCCUUAUAUUCCCUUUUUUAAGUGGCAGUCCAACAUCAGUUCGGCCAGUGCUCACUCAGAAGCGUGAUUUCAACAAUAGCUACUGUUUAUCAGUGUUAUCAGUCCUCAGAGAAUACACUGCUUGUUCCUCUCAACUCUUUGUUCUCAUCUUUCGAUCUUCUUUUUGUCCUCGUAGUGACAUUCGAUCGGUCUAGGUCUGGUCAGUUUUAGGAUUUAAAAAAAAAAAAAAAAAAAAAAGUCCUAACUGUGCUCCAGAUAAUCUUAAAAGAGGUCAUACCCCCCCAUGUGAAGACAAAUUUUAAUUUAAUGCUAGGUUACUAGAAAAGUCCAGAGGUCUUCCAAUGUAGAGGAAUGUUUAUUUACUUCUAUGUAAUUAUCUGUGUGGGACUAUGGAACACCAAAAUGGUCAAUACUAAAUACAAAAUGACAAUAAUUGUAUGAAUCAGUGGAGUAAAAUAUUUAAAGACUGGUAAAACGCAACAGAUUUUCAGGGAAUAUCAUUUUAGGUUUAUUUAUAUUAAUGAAUAAUUUAAGAAGGAUAAAAUAAUUCCAUGAAAGUUAGGUAAUUUAAUAAAUUAAUUAAAACAUCACAGGUUAGUUGGGUCCCUUUUAAACAUUUAUUUUCAUGAUUACUUGUUUCAUAAACUUUAAUGUUGGCCAUUUUGGCACACCGUACGGGACCGGCUGGCUCAAUGUCGUAGUGCGACACAAGGACAGAUAGAAUUGUGUCGGGUUGUGAAUGUAAACAUGCUCUGCUGUGAUUACAUCUAUCUAAUGUUGGUGUCGACGAUACAGAGAAAGAAACCAGUGGUGUGGCAGUGGAAGGGUUAACAGCAGCGUUCAUCAGAGACUGAAAAAUAAGAAACUACAAACAAAUGUUUAAAUAACUCAGCUUUAACAGUAUUGUGUUCAUUUCUGGUGUCGGCUCCUCCUGCUGGUCCCUCCGCUACAUCACUGAGGUCUGAAGGGAAAUCCAGGCAAAACUGACUUUUAGGUUCCUCAACAGUUCACAUUUCAUGCAACAUGCUCUGCUACUCAUAUCACGCACCUUUUAUUAUUCAGUGUCAUAACUUCUUUUUUGCCAACCUGAAAGUCAGUUUUGUUGGACUUCUCCUUUCAUUAUUGGCAGUGAAAAAGGUGUGACCAAAGGCCCUUUGUCAGUGUCAUCACGCUUUUGUUUUUUAUUAUUUUUCCUUUCAGAACUAAAGAGGAGUGUUUGCCUUUCAGAUGAUUCACUAAUCAAGUAAAUAAACUACAACUGAGAAGAGUUUGAGAAUGUCUUGAAACAAA